GGAAAUUCGCGCUGGCUGAGACGCCAACCCAACUGCCCAGGCUGUUUCGACUCUCGGUGGAAUUUGGCGCCAAGCCCAUCCCGCGCUCAAACUGCACCCCAUCGCGCUAUUUACGGGCGCAAGUGUCAUAAAUACAAUAUGUCAGGUGUGUAGGGAUGGUUUGCUGGCACUAUUGACUAGCGCUCAAGUUCGUCGGCGAACCAUCAGCGAAAUGGCGCAACACCCGCUCCUGCUUUCUGCAUUCGUCACGACCUUGGUUGUCGCGUCUAUCACUGUCGGUUAUGCCUGCAAUCCCUUCACGCUUGAGACUUCGAUCGCUGGUCGCCGACUGAGCGAGGGCGGAUACGUACGCAUCAACGAUGCGCGCCGCCGGGCUCAGGCUGCGCCAUGCACGUGCCUGCCGGAGACGUCGGUUUGUGACUGCGCGCCCUACCGGCUGUCAGAGCCUGUGGUGACCGACCUGGACCCCGAUGUUGAUCUUACGACUGGGUCGCGGUUCUGCUUCACGCUGGAGGUGGUGGGCUGCGGGUCCAGCCAGCUGCCCUGCUGCACCAACCUGGCCGCGCAGCCGCUGCAGCAGGUCCUCAUCAGCGUGGCCAACGGCUGCUCGGGCCGCUUCGUGGACUUCACUGUGAACGGCGAGUUCUAUCCGGACGCCAGUGUGGACGGCCCCUACAGCAAGUCGUCACAGGUGAUCUUCCGCAAUCUGAAUCUGGACUUAGCGUCAGCGGCCGGCACCGAGUUCUGUGUCUCGACCAGCGACCAAGCGGGUGCGGGGCCCGCCUGCAGCACGGUGUCGCAGCUGUGUGACGACCCCGCCGGCAACUGCAAGUACCUGUUCCGCGAGGCAGAUGACGCAACGGUGUGCCCCACCUGUGGAACCUUGUCCCUUGCCUCGCCACCACCCGCACAAUUGCCCAGCCCGCCGCCACCUAGCCCCGAGCCACCCUCGCCUCCUCCUCCCCCCAGCCCCGAGCCGCCCUCGCCAUCUCCUCCCCCCAGCCCCGAGCCGCCCUCGCCACCUCCUCCCCCUAGCCCAGAGCCGCUCUCGCCACCUCCUCCCCCCAGCCCCGAACCGCCCUCACCACCUCCUCCCCCUAGCCCAGAGCCGCUCUCGCCGCCUCCUCCCCCCAGCCCCGAACCGCCCUUGCCACCUCCUCCCCCCAGCCCCGAACCGCCCUCGCCUCCUCCUCCCCCCAGCCCCGAGCCGCCCUCGCCACCUCCUCCCCCCAGCCCCGAACCGCCCUCGCCUCCUCCUCCCCCCAGCCCCGAGCCGCCCUCGCCACCUCCUCCCCCCAGCCCCGAACCGUCCUCGCCUCCUCCUCCCCCCAGCCCCGAGCCGCCCUCGCCACCUCCUCCCCCCAGCCCCGAACCGUCCUCGCCUCCUCCUCCCCCCAGCCCCGAGCCGCCCUCGCCUCCUCCUCCCCCCAGCCCAGAGCCGCUCUCGCCACCUCCUCCCCCCAGCCCCGAACCGCCCUCGCCUCCUCCUCCCCCCAGCCCCGAACCGUCCUCGCCUCCUCCUCCCCCCAGCCCCGAGCCGCCCUCGCCUCCUCCUCCCCCCAGCCCAGAGCCGCUCUCGCCACCUCCUCCCCCUAGCCCCGAACCGCCCUCGCCACCUCCUCCCCCCAGCCCCGAACCGCCCUCGCCUCCUCCUCCCCCCAGUUCCGAGCCGCCCUCGCCUCCUCCUCCCCCCAGCCCCGAACCGUCCUCGCCUCCUACUCCCCCCAGCCCCGUGCCGCCCUCGCCUCCUCCUCCCCCCAGCCCCGAGCCGCUCUCGCCACCUCCUCCCCCUAGCCCCGAGCCGCUCUCGCCACCUCCUCCCCCCAGCCCAGAGCCGCUCUCGCCACCUCCUCCCCCCAGCCCCGAACCGCUCUCGCCACCUCCUCCCCCCAGCCCAGAGCCGCUCUCGCCACCUCCUCCCCCCAGCCCCGAACCGCCCUCGCCACCUCCUCCCCCCAGCCCCGACCCACCGCCUCCUAGCCCACCUCCAAGUCCCCCGCCGCCUUCUCCCGCUCCUCCGAGCCCGGCGCCGAAGCUGCUGAGGACACACAAUUGCCGCACCAGCACGGGUGAGGACCAGCCCUACUUGCUGAGCCCCCUGACGCGCGUGGCUUCAUCCGCAAGCAGCGCCCAGGCGGCAUCUGCCUGGGCAACCUACUGCGUUAUUGUGAGCACCCGUGACGCAGCUGAUCCCAGUGGCUGCCCGCCCAGUGACGCCGCCACUCCCGUCGGGCGCUGUUGUGGCAUGACGAUGGACAAGCUGGAGUUCAUUGUGGCUCCCGGCUGCCGCUUCAAGGUCACCAAGCUCAAGGUGAACGGCCAGUCCCGCGCCACCAGCACCAGCCACUACCCUCAGUUUGACGCUGCCAGCUUCAAGUGGACGUCCCUGGGGCUGACCCCAGCGGAGGCCUCCUCCACGACCUUCUGCUUCACGGCUGUGGGUAGCUGCGCCGACCUUUCGGUACUGGCGCUGCAGGGCCGGCUGCAGGCGUCCAUCUUUGACGCCAGCCGGUCCGAGUGCUGCCCCACGUUCUCCCUGCUGGAGGGCGGCAGGAGGCGCACGCGCCGGGCGUAAGGUGCCAACAGGGAGGCCUACCGCGAGCCAACCUAGAAUUGACAAUUGCUGACAACCGAGCGUGUUAUCGCUAUACUGUACUGUAUAUGCUGUUGUACUCGUGCCCUGUUAUUAAGUACUGGCAGUGGGGUCUUCGCGCAGGGAGUCGUGCAUGCUGUGCAGCAGGCUGUAAGGUAGCUGGUCGGUGUUGAGUAGGUGUCCGGGUGGGCUUACGCAGGGGACUGUACGUUCCUUUGCCGAUCCUGGCGCUAUCACAUGCAUUCACUCCAUGGCAGUAGGGGCACGUCAGGGCGCAUGCAUAGCAGCAUUAUUAUUAGGUAUCAACACAUGUCAACUCAAUGCGGAUGUACUCAUCUUCUAGAUCGAAAGAGGAGAGAGCUUUCUACGGAAGCAAGUUCUGAUGGCGCAAGGCGCAGACUAGGAUGUCGGCGUCGCAGUCUGUCGCAGUUGGCACGCUCAAGUCUAGAGCAGAUUUUUCUUGUGAGCAGCGUCAGCAAGUCCCUGUUAUAACCAAGAAUUCAAUGUGAGAUGUAUGGUGCUUUCAGUUGGGGGCUUACUUCCUCCUGCCGCACCGUGCAUGCUUUAUCACGGCGUAUAAGUUCGUUUAUGCCUGUGCGUGUGAUGUUUGUUCUUCGCCUUCAUGGCUCAUGAGAACCGAAGGGCAGGCCUUGGGCAGGCCCGAAGUGGCCCUUGUAACAGCUUGUAACGCCGACAAGAC